AUGAGUGCAAACAAUUUACACAACCUUGUUGAUAAAAAUCAAUCUAUUAAAAUAGUGCCCUCGAUCGAGGAUUCUCUACGUGCAAAGGGAUUGGAUGUAGACUUAGACGAAAACACUGCAGUUUGGUUCAAACAGUUAAAAGUGACGUGGAAAACAUGGAAGAAAAGUGCAACACUCGAAAAUCAGAUUCAACUAUUUUUUCAGUCUAUUGUCGAUCCGUUCAGAGUGACUCUAGUUUUCGUAAUUAAAACUGAAGAUGCUAAAGAUUGUAAACCAAAAUCCUUACCAUUCUUUCUUGUGGAAACUCUUCAGAAAUGGGCACUAGCUUCCGGUUCUCAUCCACAAGAUUCUUUGAAGAUGCCAGCCUUUCAUAUUGCUAUUCAACAAAGAAAUUCUUUGUUUCUCAAUUUAGUUGUUAAAACUUACCAAAUUGCUACUAUCAGAGACACUAUUAUUCCUAUUGUCAAAGAUAUGAUUGAAAAAGACAACUGCAAAUUGGCAUCUCAGGUUAUUAUAGCAAUGGAGUUAUAUGAUGCAAUACCAGUUGAAGAUCUUCUAUUUCCUCUGAUUCUUCAAGACAAAACAAAUUUAAUUGAUGAGUAUUUAACAGAAUGUCCAUCUCAAGUUCAACUUUUAUUGAAUUUCUUAGAUAAACUACUUGAUAAAAAAUUCAAUCUUAAAGAAUUUGCUCAAAACUAUAUUGAAGAUAACAAGAUAUGUCAUGUGAAAUAUGACAAAAUACAUCAUAAACCACUUGGAAAAUUAGUGGCAAGAUUGUGUAAUAAAUUCAAUAUUCCCAUUGAAAACUGCAAGAAUCUUAGCAAAAACCGCACAACAGGAGGAUUGAGAUAUUUAAUUCAUCAAAAGUACCAGGAGCAUAAUGUGAGUUCUUCAGUUUGGGAUGAUUUAGUAAAAGACUCAUUAAGACAAAAUUCAGACUCAGCCCAAGAAUUCAUCGACAUGUUGCUUGAUUAUGACAAAAAUGAAGCACUCAAAUGGGCUUCUUAUUUAAAUAUACCUACUAGUGAUCUUCCAUUAAGUUUAAGAGAUUUAUCCCUCGAAGAUUCACCAGAAGAAGAAAAUUGGGACGCACAGCAAGUCGGAUCGUCAUUAGAAUACUAUAAACUAAAAUUAAGUGAUGACUACAUAAUAUUGAUUGAUACAGCUGAAAAAUUUUAUGAUUUAAUGAUGUCAGACUUAAAUGAAUGUAAUAUUGUAAGUAUGGAUUGUGAAUGGAAGCCAUGUUUUGGAGCAAAGCAAUCUCAAGUAGCUUUGAUACAAAUUGCUACCAAUAAUAGGGUCUAUUUGAUUGAUACCUUAGUGCUGAAUAAGCCAUCUUACUCAAGCUUCUGGUACACAUUUUAUAAAUCCUUUCUAGAAAAUGCAGAAAUAAUAAAAUUAGGAUUCGGCCUUGAACAAGAUUUGAAAGAAAUGAAAGCGUCUGUAGUAGGUCUAGGAAAUAUUAAAGUUAAAGGAGAAGGUUUACUAGACAUGUCUUUGUUGUGGAAAAGUCUGUUGAAUAAUGGACUGUCUUUCCCCACAAGUGAUGAAAAUGCUGGUAACAGCCUCAGUUACUUGGUCCAAACCUGUUUUGGUUUGCCUUUAGAAAAAUCUGAACAAUGUUCCAAUUGGGAACUAAGACCUUUAAGAAAAACACAAAUACAUUAUGCGGCUUUAGAUGCUUUUGUGCUUAUAGAAAUUUAUAAUUUUCUCCAAAUCAGGAGCAUAGAACAAGGCCUAAAUUUUGAUGAAAUAUGUAAUGAUGUGAUGACAGAACCAAAAAAGAAAUCUGUUAAGAAGGUAAGAGGUCAUGAAAGAAUCCAAUCUUUUAUGACCAAUAACUUAACAAAGUCUACUGAAGAAGUCAAAUUUAUUGUAGAACCAAAGUUAUCCUUUCUUCUCCCAUAUCUAAGGUAUUGUGGAAUAGAUACUGUAGUAAUGCAUGAAACAAUGUUAUGGUGUGAUGUUAUAAACUUGGCAAUAUCUGAAGAUAGAUUAGUCAUAUUGACUAAAUUAAAGGGCACACCCAAUAAAAAAUUUCCCCAAAGUUCUAUUUUAGAUGUAGGUAAAGGUAGUGUCACAGAUCAAUUGCAAAUAAUAUUCAAUAGAUUCAAUAUAGGCAUUAAACAAAUUGAUUUAUUUAGAUUUUGCAUAAAAUGUAAUGCAAAAGACAUAAUGAAGUUAGCACCUGAUGAAGUUUAUAAACUCUGUGUAGACUAUCAGUCUAGUGAAAGUACAAAUUACCACUACAAUAAUGUUGACUAUGAUGAUGAUGAAACAAACUAUGACAAAUUUCUUAGUGAUUCUGAAGGUGAUGAUGAUUUAUACCAUGUAGUGAAUAUGAUUCAACCAAAUAAAUCAUGCAAAACUAGCAAGGGUGCCCUCAUUGAGAUAAACAAUGUAGUAAAAUUAUCCACUGCAAAUAAACCUGCACUGUUGUGUGAAUCUUGUGGGGCACUAUUCUGGGAAGGAGAUGAUUUAACAAAGUCUGUUAGUGAUGUAAUAUUAAUAUUAACAAAUCUUUCAAUAUGGUGA